AUGGCUCAGAACUCCUCGGACGUAAAGAAGGUCGAUAUUUUCAACGAAAGGUCUUCCAGCAUCGACAAGAUUGAAGACAUUACGACUGCACGCGAACAUGCGGAACAAAUCGCUAACCUCUCUGGUAUCGAAGCAACAGCCGCUUCGAAGGCUGCUUGGCUAAUCUCCAUGACCGUUUCUCUCGGUGGCCUCCUGUUCGGCUACGACACUGGCUACAUCUCCUCGGUCCUCGUUACUAUCGGCACAUCUCUUGGCCAUGAACUCACUUCCUCCGAGCAAGAACUCGUCACCUCACUUACCUCCGGUGGAGCACUCGUAGGAGCCGUCAUCGCUGGCAUGAUUGCCGACAAAUAUGGUCGCAAGCUACCAAUCUUCCUGGCCUGCGCUGUUUUCGUUAUUGGCACUGUACUCCAGACAGCCGCGUAUCAUCUUCCACAGUUUGCUGUAGGCCGCUUCGUUGUAGGCCUGGGUGUCGGCUCGGCGGCUAUGGUAGUGCCUCUGUACAUUUCCGAACUAGCCCCAGCCAAGUAUCGCGGCCGAAUGAUUGCCUUCAACAACAUGAGCGUUACCUUUGGUCAACUUCUCGCUUCAGCCAUCGGUGCCGGCUUUGCACAAGUCGGAGGUGCUAACUCACAAGCAUGGAGAGCAACAGUCGGUAUUGGUGCGGCACCCGCCAUCCUUCUUGCUGGCCUCUUGACUCUCUGCCCCGAAUCUCCCCGUCAACUAGUCGCACACGGAAAAGUAGACGAAGCCAGUGUCAUCCUCACACGCCUCUAUCCGACUUCGACCGAAGAGCAGCGCCGUGCGAAGAUUAUGAGCAUCGAGAUGAGCAUCAACGAGGCUACACAAACAAUGGUAGACGAUUCAGUAUUCAAGACGCUAGCCCGCAUCUUCACGACUGCAUCCACAUUCCGCGCUGUAUUCGUAGCAUGCACGAUCAUGGCCAUAUCGCAGUUAUCUGGUUUCAACACACUUAUGUACUACUCAGCAACCCUGUUCAAGAUCGUAGGUUUCAACAACGCCACCGCCGUCGCCAUCACCGUUUCCGCUACGAACUUUAUCUUCUCGCUCGUCAACCUUGUCAUCGUUGACAAAUUCGGCCGUCGUCGCAUACUCCUGGUGACGGUCUUGGGAAUGAGCAUCUGCCUCGUCAUUGCUGCCGUCAGCUUUUCUUACAUCCCAAUCGAUCUCCACACAUUAGCUGUUCAGAGCGACGAGAUUGGCUGGCCGGGCUAUGUUCUCAUUGCUACAAUCAUCAUCUUCGUUGGCUUUUACUCUAGCGGAGUCGCGACAGUGGCAUGGAUUGGCACCGAAUUGAUUCCCAUGGAGGUCAGGGCAGUUGGUACGAUGCUCAACACAGUAACAUGUUGGAGUACCAACAUCAUCAUCGCCUCAACCUUCCUAUCCAUGAUGAAAGGCAUCACCCCGUCUGGAGCCUUCGGCUUUUACGCAGGAAUCUGCUUUUUCGGCUGGCUUUUCGUUAUCUUCUGCUUCCCCGAAGUUAAAGGCAUGCCACUUGAGGCCAUCCGAGAGGUCUUUGAACAUGGAUUUGGUGUCAGGUAUGCGAGAAAGUGGCAGAAGGAAAACAAGGAGUUUGCCAAAGUCAACGCGGGCAAUUCACAAGCGUUCGGGCAUUGA